AUGAAUUUGGAAGGGGUAGGCGAAGAAGUCAGGUGUCGCGCUUUCCUGGUCAUCCUAGUAGGACCUGCAAUACGGUGGUUUAACAGCCUCCCGCAAGGCUCCGUCGCCAAGUUUUUGGACAUUUGCCACGCUUUCUUGGCCCAAUUCACGACUCGAAUCGUGAAGGCGAAACACCCAAUCAACUUAUUCGGGGUGACACAAAGGCCCGGCGAGCCAACCAGAAAAUAUCUGGACCGGUUCAACAAUGAGUGUUUGGAGAUUGACGGCCUAACCGACUCGGUGGCCAGUUUGUGCUUAACGAAUGGGCUUCUAAACGAAGAUUUCAGGAAGCAUCUCACCACGAAGCCGGUAUGGACGAUGCAAGAGAUCCAAGGCGUGGCCAAGGAAUAUAUCAAUGAUGAAGAAGUCAGUCAAGUGGUGGCGACCAAUAAGCAGCAGCCCGCCAACAACCAAGCCCGGCAGCACGGUAGCAGGGAAAGACAGAAGGAGCACGCCAAAGACGGAGUGCCGACCAAGACAUUCAAGACAUUCCCCCUAAUAGCUGAGAAUGGGAUCUUGUCCAAGCCCCGACCUCUAAAGGACAAAACAGGAGGAAAUAAAAACCUUUAUUGUGAUUAUCACAAGGGUUAUGGACACAAGACGCAGGAUUGCUUUGACUUAAAGGAUGCGCUGGAGCAAGUGAUUCGAGAUGGAAAGCUAGCCAAAUUCUCCCACCUUAUCAGGGAGCCGAGGAGACGUGACCAGAACCGAGAUGGAGAGGACAAAAGCCACGCGGUGAAACGAUGCCAAGAGCCCGAGGACAAUGAGCGCGGCCUCACCAGAGUAAAUGUGGUAAUUGGAAGAGACGCGACUCCGAGGUCGAAGUCAGCACACAAAAAAGAUGCCAAAGUCCUAACGGUCUCGUCAUCUAGCCCCACGCCAAAUUCUAAGAGGACCCCACCCAUAUCAUUCGGUCCGGACGACCAAUGGUUUGACGAGAUCACGGAAAACCCUCCAAUGGUCAUCACGGCCAUAGUGGGAACCGGCUUGGUCAAAAGGAUCCUCGUGGACACUGGCGCUGACUCGAAUAUUAUGUUCCGCAACGUGUUUGAUGCUUUAGGCCUCCGAGAUGCCGAUUUAAAGACUCACCAGCAUGGUGUAGUAGGCUUAGGCGGCCACUUCAUCAAGCCUGAUGGAAUAAUCUCCCUACCUGUAUCCAUAGGGUCGGGACAAGAAAGAAGGUCGGUAAUGGCAGAGUUCGUGGUCCUCCGAGAUUCCACGGCCUACAACAUCAUCCUUGGGACAAAGAUCAUCAACGAUCUUGGGGCAGUGAUUAGCACAAAGAUGUUGGAAAUGAAGUUCAUCACUAAUAAUGGAUCUGUAGGAUCCAUGAAGGGGGACUUGAAAACGGCAGUCGCUUGUGACAAUGCCAGUCUCUCCCUAAGAAAGAAAUCCAAAGAGGCGUCGGGAGUCUUCCUCGCCGACCUGGACGUCAGGGUCGAGGACAAGCCUAGACCCAAGCCAGAAAGAGACUUAGAGAAGUUUAGGGUUGGCGAUUCCGAGGAGAAGUUUACCUUUGUCAACAGAAACCUUCCACACCAAUUGAAAGAACCUUUAAUGGAAAUGAUCAGAGCUAACGGCGAUCUCUUCGCCUGGACGCCAACCGACAUGCCCGGAUGGACCCCUCAGAUCAUGUCCCAUCGCUUUGCCGUCAAGGCAGAGUUCAAACCAGUAGCCCAAAUGAGAAGGAAAAUGUCACGAGAAAGAGCCGAGAAGGUGGCCAGGCAGACGGUCAGCCUCCUUGAAGCAGGAUUCAUACGAGAACUCGACUAA